CGACUGAUGGGAACGUCGAAGCUGCCCGCGCUGCUGCGGAGGGGCGGGGCUGCGUUCAGGAGCUGUGGGGAGAGAGGGAGCCAAGGCAGUGAGAAAGCACGGGGAGGAGAGAGAAGAAAGCAACGGUAAGGAUGUGAGAGAGUGUGCGGUGAUCGGUGCUGUAGGUACAAGUCAGAGCUGGAUAAAGGUUUAAUAGCCGCACCGGACCGCGGCCAGACCGUCUCGGAGCCUACCCCUCUACCUCUUCAUCCCCUCCAAACAAUCCUCCGCAAUGUCUGGUGGAGGAGAGGUACGCGUCCUCCGCCAAGAGGCCGGACAAGAAAGCCCGAGGAUGCCGGCCUGGAAAGGAGAGAUUCUGGAGAGGAGGAAGGCAAAGGGUGGCGGGACUGGGGGAGCUGGUGCUGCGGAGACAAUUCCCGGCGGUGCGGGACCGCAGCGGGUUAACGGUGAGCUGUCAGGAAGUGUGAAUGGCAGCAGCAGCAGCGGCGGCGGCGGACCCAAGAGAGACGGCGGACCGAGCGGCGUGUCCGGGCGGAACUACACCAUCACCACCACCAGCCAACACUUCGCGAUCAACAAAGAGCCACGGACGACACCGAGGGAGGGUCACACACGGGAAAGCCUGGUGCUACAGGAAAGCCUGGGCCCGCUGGAGGAGAACCCGUUCAUCAAGCUGGAAAAGGAGCGGAGGAGGCGGCAAGACCGAGAAAACGCUGCUCGCCCGGCGCAGCACAUCUUGGAGCUGUACGGCAGUGUACCCGGUAUACGGACUAUCCGCGCAGAGAAUAUAAUCAUAAUUGAAUCGGAUCCGGAUUACUUUCCAGAAGCAGGAGGGGUAAAACCCGGGUCCAAAUGGCAACAAAACGGUAUCGGUAGUUAUAGCUCUCUGAACGACCUUCUGGACCGGAGAGGGAGUGCUGUUACUGAGAUAAGAGCCAAGGAAGUCGUAAUUUAUGACACCACGUUAAGCAAGAGUGAGGAGAACUUGAGCACCCUGGGUCGCCCUGAUCAGGAAGUCACAUCAUAUCAUGCAGGUGAAGGCCAGGGCAGGGUCAGCCGGAUGCUGCAGAAGUUUGACAGUAACUACGGGAAGCUGCAGAAGAAGUCCCACAGCACAGAGAACCUGUUGGACCUGGAUUGUAUUGCCAGUAGCAGGCCAAGACUCUGGCCCAAGCCACAGCCAGAUCUGGUGCCAAAGCCCAGGCCAGGUCCAUCGGUCAUCAGCCCAGGCAGUAGCCAGCCAUCCUCACCUGUCUUCCAGAGUCCCUGUUCUUCCAAACCAAAGCCACAGCCUGCUGUCUCUGAGCCAGGCAGCCCCCAGCGCCCUGCAACCCCUCAGUCUGUGUCUUCCUUCCGUCAGUGGUUUGAGGAGAGUGGUAGCCGUGGUGUAGCUAUAACCCCCAGAGAUGAAUCAGAGAGGGGGCUAACCAAAUCCACCAGAGAGAGAGACUGGGAGGGUGCCGAGGUGCCACCCAAACCCAAGGUGCCAUGCUCUCCGGAGACCCGUCGUGCCCGCGCCGAGUCCCCCUCAAGCCCCAUCUCAUCCAAGGUGGUGCGUUCCUCACCUGACUUUGAGAUCCGUCCCUCUCCAAAGCCAGACCUUGCUCAAAUUCCUGAUGGGGAUACCCAGGCACGGGCCCUCGCAAACCUACGUCUGCAGUCUCGAAACUCCUUCACAGUCAUUCCCAAGUGCCGUCUUUCUGCCUCUUCUGCAACAAGCAGCCCUGCACCGCCUGGGCCCAUCAAGUCUUCCCCUGCCCACAGAGUGGCAGAGGUGCCCAUGUCUGGAGUGCCAACCUCACAAGCCCCUACGCCGGCUCUGGCAUCAAAAAGGAAGGAAGAGAAGCAGCAGGAAGAGAAGGAGGUGGAGAGGGUAACAAGGCCACCCAUGCCUGAACCAUCUCCUUCUGUUGCCACAAGUCCUGCACCUCCCCCAGCUUCAGAAACUUUGUCUCCAUCUCCAGCUCUCGCCCCAGCUCCUUUCUCUCCACCUACCAUGUCUUCACCCCCCUCCUCCCCAGCGAUCCCAUCUUCACCUCCUUUCUCUCCCCCCUCCCCUGCUCCAGAACAGCCUCUUGUGGAUCAACUGCCAAUAACAAACAUAGAUGACAUAGAUGUGGAGCCUCCACAGUGUAUCCCUGUUCCCAGUCCCAUGGUGCAGAGGAGAAAGGGGAACACCUUCACUGUGGUGCCUAAACGUAGGGUGGAGCCCGAGGUCCAGCCAGGCUCACCUGAGCCCCAGCAGGAAGCCUCAACUGAAGCCCCGCCAGGGUCCACGUCCCCACAGGCCCCCUAUGCACAGCUGGGCUCCCUGCUGAAGAAGCGCUACCCCGCUGUGGAGGAGAUUGAGGUCAUCGGUGGGUACCUGUCCCUCGCAAAGUCCUGCCUCUCCAAGACGGGCUCCACUGGCAAGAAGCUAAAGAUCUCCUUCAAUGAGUCGAGUCUCCAGAGUACGUACGAGUAUCCAUCUGAGAGCAGUGUGUGGGACAGCGGGGAGGAGGAUGAGGAGGAGAAGCGAGAUGGAAAGGUGCCGGAUGAGCAGCCCAGCAUGGUGGGACGCAUCCACAUCCCUCGUCCCAGCUUCAUCGGUUCACCCACGCACACAACCAACAGCAAUGACCUUUCCAGCUACAUUCCCAAGCACUCAGUGGAUUUCAGCACGUGGCAGGAGCACAAACAUGAUGAAAGUGUUUACCAGGAAGAUACCACUUCCCAACAGACCCAGAUGACUGAGGACGUCAUGCUCACGCCAGCAGACAGCUCCUCUCUGUCAGACUACAGCAGCGAGCCUGCUCUUUACUUCUGAUCAGUUGGAGCAGCAGUAGCAUCACAGCAUUGCACCUAUGGGACCAGGUCUGACCUGCCUCCAGCUCUACACUCCAGACGUCUCGAAGCACAUCCUCUGAUCAGACAGGAAACACAGUGGGUUUUCCUUUUUGGUUGCCACGUUGCCACCACAUGCCACGCUCUCCGCUGCAUAUCAGAGCAGGACCGAUUGCUGCCAGGUGACCGGUGCUAGACUCCCGUCUUCUUCCUGAUGCAGCAACUCCAAAAGCAGCUGGACUGUCUUUCCCCAACAAUCCUGGACAGUUGAUCUGUCAGCCUCUCUCCUUCCUCAUCCAAAAGAUAUCAACAAAAUCGAUUGUCAAAAUCUGGAGAGACGUGUGUCUCCCUCUCCGCUGGCUUCACCUUCCCCCUGCUUCCAUGUCUGCAUCUCACUGUCAGGUUUUCGGAAGAUGUUGCCGAGCUGAAUGCAAGUGACAGAGCUCCGCUAAGGAACGGGAAGCCGCCAGUGCCCAUGUGUAGGUGUUGCCACGGUGACAGAGUUCAGUGUUAGCAUGGAAACAUGUCAUUAGGACGUCCUUCAGAAACAUGGAGGACACGUCCACCUGCAUACUGCAUACAGUAGAUCGAUGGCAGACUCGAACACAAAAUUGUUAAAACAGUGCCACAAUUGUAGUUUUUUUGUCUUUUGUUUUAUUUUUGUAUAUGCAUGUUUUGAUUUCAGCCAAUGCCUCAGUUGGUCCUCUUACUGUAAAGCUCCUGUAUGCCUCUCUGUAUCAUUUCUGGCAAACUAUGAUCUAUUGAAGCUGCUGGACGUUUGGUAAAAGAGUCGAACGGCAAGCAAACUCCAACCCACUCGUGUACCCUGAGGAAGAUUGGUGUCGGUAGCAACUCUGAUAUCUGAUUAACUGCUUGAAAAAAGUGACCUUGGCCAAUAAUGUCUUUAUGUCCGUAUUGCUGGUGACAAACAAAAACAUGCUGUAGAAUGUUUCUGUAUAUCUUCUAUCAAAAUAUCUGUCAUGUUUUGUCAGAAGCUGUUAGACGUCCUCACACCGUUCUCUGUUUUCAUGUGUAUUUAUUCCUGCUUAAAGUUGAAGUUUGCAUGUCUGAGACCUGCUCAUAUACAAGAACAAAACAACAACAAAAAAAAAACAAAACAUUUUUUGUAAAGACAUUUGCUGGAGUGGAAGAAACCAGAAGGGUAAACAGCCCCACCACCCCCAGUCAGACCUCAUGUACUUUGACAUUCCACAGCGACAGAAGCUGGUCCAUUUGAAGUAAUGAAGGAAACAGUGAUGAUGAUGAUAUUGCAUGUUUGGGAGAGUCAAUGGAACAUUGUGUGUGUGUGUGUGUGGAAGAAUAUG